GACGCAUACUGCUCUGUCCCGAUUCACAAAGACCAUCAAAAACACCCGAAAUUUCAAUGGCGAGGGAAACUAUAUCAGUAUACAUGUUUUCCAAAAUGGAUUGGCAAUUUGCCCUAGGAAGUUCACAAAACUCCUUAAACCUGUCUUCUCAAACUUGAGAAGCAUAGGUCAUCUAUCUGUAAUAUUCAUAGAUGACUCUUAUUUACAAGGUGCCAACUUUAAUCUGUGUGUUAAAAAUGUGAAAGAUACUAUUACAUUACUUGACCAAGUGGGCCUUGUUAUACACCCUGAGAAAUCAAUCCUAUACCCUACUCAGAAACUUGUAUUCCUAGGUUUUCUGUUAGACUCCAUAAAAAUGAUCAUCAGCCUUACAGAAGAAAAAACACAAAAAAUUAAGGAAGCUUGUCAAAAGCUUCUACAAUCUCCUCAACCUACAAUACGGGAAGUGGCUAGAGUCAUUGGCAUGUUAACAGCUAGCUUCCCAGGAGUAAUGUUUGGGCCAUUACAUUAUAGGCACUUAGAUAUGGAUAAAACUGUGGCCCUGAAAAUAAGAAAAGGCAAUUCUAAUAAGACCAUGACUCUUUCAGAUGAGGCUAAGCACGAGCUGAGCUGGUGGGUAAGCUCAAUUGAAAGUGCAUACAAUGUGGUUAGUCACGGACAAGCUGACACAACCAUGACCACAGAUGCCUCAAAAACGGGUUGGGGUUGCUCCCUAUCUGGCACACCUACAGGUGGCUCAUGGGACUCUGGAGAAUCGGAGAAACACAUUAACUGGCUGGAAGUUAAAGCCAUAUUACUCAGUCUAAAAUCAUUUGUAGAUCAUAUUUGUCAGAAGCAUGUAAAAAUCCUAUCGGACAACACAACAGCAGUCUGCUGUAUAAAUCAUAUGGGGACUAGUCACUCCAAGGAGAAAAAUCUCUUAGUAAAAGAGAUAUGGGAUUUUUGCAUUACGAAUAACAAUUGGAUUACUGUAGCACAUAUCCCAGGAAAACAAAAUGUCAUUGCAGAUUUUGAAUCGAGGAGGGGGUACCAAUGACACUGAGUGGGCCCUAGACCGAGCAGUGUAUGAUCAAGCAAUCCAAUUACUGGAUGUGACACCCAGUAUUGAUCUGUUUGCCUCAAGGCUAAACUAUAAAUUCAAGCCUUUAUGUUGCAUUCAGACCUGACCCUGAGGCUCAAGCCAUAAAUGCCUUUCAUAUCUCUUGGGUAAACAUGUGUUUUUAUGCAUUCCCACCUUUUUGCAUUAUCAACCAAGUAUUACAAAAAAUAUCAGAAGAGAAGGCAACAGGCAUAAUAGUAAUUCCACACUGGCCGACCCAGUCCUGGUGGCCAUAUCUAACCAAUACGUUAAUAAAUUGUCCCCUUAUGUUGCCUAGCACACAACAACACUGAUGUUACCAUCCCAUCCUCAGAAGAUACAUCCUCUACAAAAGAAGUUGCGAUUACUGAUGUGCCACUUAUCGGGGGAUUACUUGAAAGUCAAGGAAUUUCAAAAGAAGCUGCUUCAAUCAUCGUACAAGCAUGGAGACCGGGGACUCAAAAACAGUACAAAUACUAUUUACAAAAGUGGGAACAGCACUGUUGUGAACGAAGUAUCAAUCCCAUUUCUCCAAAUGUAGGGACUGCAAUUGAUUUUCUACAUGAAUUUUAUAAGGAAGGAUUAUCCUAUAGCACAUUAAACACGGUACGCUCAGCUCUAUCCAGCGUUGUCCAACCAAUAGACAAUUUCACAUUUGGAAACCAUCCACUGGUAACCAGAUAUAUGCAAGGAGUAUUUGUAAAUAGACCAGCACUACCACGUUAUAAACAGAUCUGGGAUGUGUCUGUGGUUAUAAAAUAUCUCAAAUCUUUGGGUGAAAAUACACAACUCUCUCUACAAGACCUGACUAUGAAGACAACCAUGCUGCUUGCCCUUGUUACUGGACAGCGUUGCCAGACCAUACAGGUCUUGAACAUUGAACAGAUGGGUAAUAGUGAUGACAUGUGGUCCUUUCAUAUAAACAACUACUUUUGA